AUGGCGGCUAUAACUGGUGAUGCUUGGAGAUGCCGCAGAGUAGCAUUUGUGCAGAGCUCCGACCCAGAUAGUGGUUGUCGCUGUCAGGUUCGCUUUGUGCACCAUAAUGGUCAGGCCUCGAUAUCACUUCAACUGCAGCAUGCUGCCAGCCUGGUUGGAAUAAACAAUAAUCCUCCUCGACAUGUUGUGCUUCACAUACAACCCUCGAUUGUCGAAUCUUGUUCCAUAGCUGAGGAGACAUCACUGUCGCCGUUGCUGUUGAAAUGUAUACCUACCUCGCUCGCAAGCCCAUCUGAUGUCUUGAGUGUUGCCCUUGUUUUAAAGUCGCCUGGCGCUGUGCACUAUCCCAAAGACCUUACAAGCGUACGCUCGACUGAUCCAUCUGAUGCCGACUUUCAGUCAUUCAUCGAUGUCUGUCAAGCAACGACUAUCUAUGUACACUUUGCCAAAGCUCAGUUUGAUCAACAAGAGAGGCCGAGAUUGGAACAGUUGGUGAUUGGUCUCGACGAGGGUAAUCUAGAGGCACCGCCACUGAAUCUUCAAAGAGCCGAUCGUGGCAGAGGCUUGCAAGAAGGCACAUGGCAGGUCUUCAGCCCAAAAGCCUCAGGGUCCAGCCACAAGGAGACAUCAUCAAAGCUAGGCAAGAGAUCAAGACAAGCCCCUGGCUGGCACUUCGGGACCUCGGUAUCCUCCCUCGAUGUACCCCUCAAGCGCCCUACCCCUUAUGUAUACACCACUCCUCCUCCUUACUCCCCUACUGAGGUCAACACAACGCCCACCACAAGGUCUGGUCAGUCAAAUGAUAUACGACCGACUGUUUUCACCCUUCCCCCUUACCGCAAGGAGCCUACCUCCCCCAAGGAAAAUAGCCAGGUUACUCUCCUCGCAAAUAUGCUUGCGACUGUCCCUGAGCAUGUGCUUCGCGAAGCGAUCAUACAGUCCGGCCAUGGAGCCAUACUGAGCCUGGCCCCUGACGCUGCCCUACUCCAUAAGCGACAGGAGCCUCGUAGUCGUCGCUUGUCUAGCCCUGGACUCGUAUCUCUGGUUAGAGACCUGUUCACGACCGAGGUGGAAGCCCGAAUGAAGUAUCUCGUGGAGUCCGGGCUACCUCUCCACACAAAAGAUGCCAUCGAAAAACUCAUGGACGAAUAUCACAAUAACUUCUACGUUGACUGCCAGGAAGCAGAAGCAGCCAUACAGGAAAAGGUAGAAGAUGCUUCUCUGGAAGUGAAAAUGGCUCUCGAGGACGGCAUGAAAGAGAUUGAGGAAUUGGUCGAGGAACAUCUUCAAAAAUUGGCUGGUGAGCACGAGAUCUUUGAUGGUAAAGCUAACCUUGAACUCGACAAUCUUAGGUGCUGGUUUGUCAAGUUCGCCCGUACAUUGUUCUUCGAGAAGCGGACAGAACUUGUCGCGGCAAGAGACCUUGCAAGAUGCACAUCUAUAUAG